AUGGUUACCAAAGAAAUCCAAAAUAGAGAUUCAGCAUUGACCGAAUCAGUUCCGAAUGACCUUUACCUUGGGUUUGAUCUAAGUACCCAACAAUUGAAAAUCACCUCUUUCGAAGGGCGUUCAUUGACACAUUUCAAGACUUAUAGAGUUGAUUUCGAUGAGGAGUUGAGUGUUUAUGGAAUCAAUAAUGGAGUUUAUGUCAAUGAAGAGACUGGAGAGAUCAACGCUCCAGUGGCAAUGUGGGUCGAAGCGUUAGAUCUGAUCUUUUCUAAGAUGCAGAAGGACAAGUUUCCAUUUGGCAUCGUGAAAGGGAUGUCUGGAUCUUGUCAACAGCAUGGCUCAGUUUAUUGGUCUAAAGAUGCCCCAGAUCUCUUAUCAUCUCUCUCUCCAUCGAAAGAUUUGAAGUCCCAACUGUGUCCGAAGGCUUUCACAUUCGAAAAGUCUCCCAAUUGGCAAGAUCACUCAACCGGAGAAGAGCUGGAAAUAUUUGAAAGAAAAGCAGGAUCUCCUGAGAAUCUGUCUAAGAUUACAGGAUCCAGGGCUCAUUAUCGAUUUACGGGAUCUCAGAUUAGAAAAUUGGCCAAACGCGUAAAUCCAGAACUUUAUAAGGAAACAUACAGAAUUUCUUUAAUCAGUAGUUUUCUAAGUUCUCUACUAUGCGGAAGAAUAACUAAAAUUGAAGAGAGUGAUGGAUGUGGAAUGAAUAUCUACGAUAUUCAGAACUCGAGGUAUGAUGAAGACUUGUUAGCUGUUACAGCAGCUGUUGAUCCAGAGAUCGACGGGGCCACUGAACAUGAACGUCAAGAAGGCGUAGCUAGGCUGAAAGAUAAACUGCAAGAUUUGGAACCAGUCGGGUAUCGUUCAAUUGGCACUAUAGCUGCAUAUUUUGUGGAAAAAUAUGGUUUCAGUGAAGAUAGCAAAGUAUUCUCCUUUACAGGUGACAACUUGGCUACCAUUCUUUCCUUACCACUGCAUAACGAUGACAUUCUUGUUUCUUUGGGUACAUCUACAACAGUCCUUUUGGUUACAGAGACUUAUUGGCCUAAUUCCAAUUACCAUGUUUUCAAACAUCCAACAGUUCCGGGCUCGUAUAUGGUGAUGCUUUGUUACGUAAAUGGAGCAUUAGCUAGAAACCAGAUAAAGACUAGCCUGGAUAAAAAAUACAACGUGUCUGAUCCUAACGACUGGACUAAAUUCAAUGAAAUCUUAGACAAAUCCAAACCUCUUCAUGGCAAGGAGGAACUUGGUGUUUACUUUCCCAAAGGUGAGAUUAUUCCUAACUGUGUUGCCCAAACAAAACGUUUUUCUUAUGAUGCAAAAAGUAAGAAGUUAGUUACAGCUAAUUGGGACAUUGAAGAUGAUGUUGUUUCCAUUGUUGAGUCUCAAGCCCUAUCAUGCCGUCUUCGAUCGGGUCCACUCUAUCAUGGAUCUGAUGAAACUGACCAAGAGGAAGAGAGUGAAGUUAUCCAGAGAUUAUCAAAUUUCCCCAAAAUCUCUGCUGAUGGUAAAGAUCAACGUCUUCCCGACUUGAUCUCUCAUCCAAAGAAAGCGUUUUACGUAGGAGGAGCUUCACAGAAUGUGUCAAUUGUGCGCAAGUUUUCUGAAGUUCUAGGAGCAAAAGAGGGAAACUAUCAAAUCAACCUUGGUGAUGCUUGUGCCAUUGGCGGAGCUUUCAAAGCCGUUUGGUCGGAUCUCUGCGAAACUGAAAAAGCUAUCCCGUAUAGUGACUUCUUGAGGAAAAACUUCCAUUGGAAAGAAAAUGUCAAGCCAGUGGAAGCUGACUCUUCCCUGUGGCUGCAGUAUGUCGAUGGAGUUGGAAUCUUGAGUGAAAUAGAACAAACUCUAGAGAAGUAA